AUGGCUUCGGAAACAGCACCUAUCGAUGAAUCCGAACAAUCCUACCACCCGGGUGACGGCGUUGAGCGUUGCAGGAUCGAUGGCCACCGUUUCGAAUUUGAUGACAAUGUGCCAGACGAGGUACGCUACCGCAUGCACGAUCUCUCUGUCAACGAUGCCAAAUUCGCCGAUAUCCCCGCAGAGUACCUGAAAUACGAGGUCAAGUACGACCCAUGGGCUGAGAUAGACAACGUCAUCAUUGAUGGACAUGUGUUCGCCGUCAACUAUGACGUCCCCGCUGACGUGUCUACUGCGCUGAUCGAACUCGCCAGGCGCCCGCGUGUGCGGUUCCAAGACGUCCCAAGAGAUUAUAUGAAGUAUCACGACUCUAGUGGCGGCUGGGUUAGAGACCAGGAAUUCCCGGCCACAGCCAUCACCUACUGCCAAGGUGACACCGAUCAAGACAAGCCAAACAGCGAGCGCGAUGACAAGGAUGAAAAGAGCGGAAGAGAGAAAGAUAGCAAGUAG